AUGGCCUACUUCUCAUUCGCCCACAGCAUCAUUGCCGGCGAGCCCAUCACGCUGUUCCGCACUGCCCACGGCGCCGACGCGCGUCGCGGCUUCACCUACAUUGACGAUGUCGUCAGGGGCUGCCUCAGUGCACUCGACACGGCCGGCAAGAGCAUGGGCUCCAAGUCUGGCAAGAAGCGCGGGCCCGCGCUGCUCCGCGUGUUUACAUCUUAG